GGUCUUAGUGGUGCCAUGUUGAAACGGCUGUGUGUCGGCGUUCAGCAGUCAAUACUGCUAGCUGCUGUGACGGGAGUGCUGUGCAGACGAGCCAUGUGUGCCGAGGUGAGUGACUGGAAGAAUGCGAAGACCAUUUAUGAAUUCUCUGCUACUGACAUUGCUGGCAAUUUCGUUUCCCUGGAGAAAUACAGGGGCUUUGUCUGCAUCAUUGUCAAUGUAGCAUCUAAAUGAGGAAAAACACCAGUAAACUACACUCAGCUUGCAGAAAUGCACGCCAGAUAUGCUGAGAAAGGUUUACACAUCCUCGGGUUUCCCUGCAAUCAGUUUGGAAAGCAGGAACCUGGGGAUGAAGCUCAAAUUAAAGAUUUUGCGGCAUCCUACAAUGUAAAGUUUGACAUGUUCAGCAAGAUUGAGGUCAACGGAGAUGGUGCCCAUCCCUUGUGGAAAUGGAUGAAGGAGCAGCCUAAAGGACGGGGUACUCUGGGAAAUGCAAUUAAAUGGAAUUUCACAAAGUUUCUCAUUGACCGUGAGGGGUUGAUUGUAAAAAGAUUUAGCCCCAUGGAAGAUCCAGUUGUCAUAGAGAAGGAUUUACCCAAAUAUCUUUAGGAUGCUCCAUGCACACAGUAACUGACAGUCGAUGAGUCUUCAAUUCACAGAAUGAUGGUAUGCUUCAAAACCGUGAGGGGGAGCAAACCAGAAGGUGUUCUGGCGUGCACCUGUGGAAGGAGACUAUAUUUUGCUGUCAGAAUCUGAACUGUGGACCAAUCAUGUGAACCAAUCAUGUGAACAAUACAUUU